CGUGUAAACAUGGCGGCUGCUGUACCGGUGGUCGAGGAGGCUGAAGAUUAUUCCUUUUUGCCAAUUAUUCACGACGUCAUAAAAUGCAUGGAUAAAGACAGUCCAGACGUCCAUCAGGAGCUGAACAAGCUGAAGACGAAGAUCCAGGAGGCCCGCGAGCAGAUCUCCAGCAUGCCAGGCAUCGACAUGAGUCCAGCGGUGCAGGAGAGCAAACUGCGAACGCUCCGAGAACAGGUCCAGACCAAGAACCAGCUCCUGCAGAAAUACAAGAGCCUGUGCAUGUUUGACAUCCCCAAACCAUCCUGAUGUCCAGACAGAGUUUAAUGUCAUGACACUCUCUCACCAGUGGGGGCGACACUCACUCACUCACAUCUGCCAUAUGUAGUUUUUUUGUACAUAUUAUUUGCUUUUACUUUGGAUAUAGCAUUCAAAACAAUGUGUGCUUUUUGUAUACUUUACCUUUGUGCAUUAAAUUUAUUAAACCACA